UGGCACAGAGCAUAGACUUGUUGAUGUUUACCAUCCCGAUGUGAGGUCGCGGUCCAACGUUAAAUUUCUUCUCAAAUUAGCGGUACUACAUAUAUUUAUAUGUUCGCGGUUUCGCUGUAAAAUGGACGAAGAAUGCAGUGAGGAGAUAUUCGGACCCAGUCGUGAUUCUUUAUACGUAGUGAUACCCCUGACAGUAUUAUACAUAAUCAUAUUCUUGACCGGUUCAACCGGGAACGUGAGUACCUGUAUAGUGAUAGCUAAAAACAAAUCCAUGCACACAGCUACGAACUAUUAUUUGUUUAGUUUAGCUGUAUCUGAUCAGUUACUGCUCUUAACGGGAGUGCCUCAAGAAAUAUACUUUUUUUGGUCGAGAUAUCCGUACAUUUUCGGCAGUAACUUUUGUUUCGUGCGAGGACUAUUCAAUGAAACAUCAAGUAACGCUACAGUGCUCAUCAUCACAGCCUUUACCGUAGAAAGGUACUUAGCAAUAUGUCAUCCCUUUCUUUCCCACACGAUGUCCAAUCUCUCCCGCGCAAUCAAACUGAUCUUCAUAAUCUGGUUAGUUGCUAUAUCUCUAGCGAUUCCUCAAGUGCUUCCCUUGAAAGUGGUGGGAAAGUGUCCAAUGUGUGUUAUGCAGGAUCCUAUCAUCAACUACAACUUUGAACUGUCCACUUUGUUGUUCUUUGUGAUGCCAAUGACAGUCAUCACAGUGCUUUAUAUUUUGAUAGGACUGAAGCUAAAGUCUUCAAGUACAGUGGAAAGGAGGAUUAGUGUCAACAAUAGGGUCAUUAGGAAGUCUUCUAGGAAAGUAAUUAAGAUGCUAGUUGCUGUAGUUGUGACAUUCUUUAUAUGUUGGGCACCGUUCCAUAUUCAAAGGCUGUACGCCAUCUACAACACCACCAUUCCUACCAAAGAGACGCGUGACAUGUAUAUGCAGAUAUAUGGAAUCAUUACGUAUAUCAGUGGUACAUUAUUCUAUACGUCAGCUACGAUCAAUCCGAUUUUGUACAAUAUUAUGUCUGCGAAGUUCAGAGAUGCCUUCAAGAGCCAGAUUGAACGGUAUAAAGGAGAGGGGCUCUCCCUGGCGCAGCCCUUAAUUUGUUUUGAAAGGUUCAGACAGUUAGCCCUGGAUUCGUACUCUACAUUCAACUUCUUAAAGGAAACGUUUGCUUCCUGUUGCUUUCGCAGCAGUCACAAACUGAAACUGAAAAGAUCGAUGUCGGUGGUGUCUAAAUCACUCACUAGAUGUCACGAUUCAAGUGAUUCUGGAAGCCACGAUAACUCAGUGCAGUCAGUCACACUUACCAUACUUACAGUAAACAAAAAUUAUCUCGACUCCAGUACCUGUCUUGGAGAAAAAUCAAGGAAAGCCAAUAUUUAUCAAGAUGCAACUACCCCAAUGUUAGGCAACUCCCAUCGAUGAAAAUGGACAUUGUGAAACUUAAUUUUAUUACUUAUUUAUAUGUUUUUUAAUAUAGUGAAAUAAAAAAUAAAAAACCA